CAUUUCUCACACUACUCAGGCACACAGAAAAAAAUCGACUCGACACACCACACACUUCCAAGCACAAUGAACGAACUCCGCGACUCGCCCGCAACGCUCGUCCAGCACGUCCCCAGCCUCCGCAUUGCGCUGAACGACCCCGAGCGUCCCUUGCACGAGCGCUUCCGCGUUCUCUUCACCCUCAAGAACAUUGGCGGCGCUGCAGCCAUCGACGCCAUUGCCGAGUGCUUCAAGGACGACUCGGCGUUGCUCAAGCACGAGCUCGCUUACUGCCUCGGUCAGCUCCAGGAUACGCACGCCAUUCCGUGCUUGACACAAGUGCUGCAGGACACAAACCAGGAACCAAUGGUCCGACAUGAGGCUGCAGAGGCUCUUGGCGCUAUUGGCACGCCCGAGGUGCUCGCAACGCUGGUCGCACACCUCGAGGAUCCCGUUGUCGAAGUUUCAGAGACGUGCCAGAUUGCUGUUGCCCGCGUCAAGUGGGAAAACGGCGGCAAGCAGGCUGCUCAACAAACCGGUGAUUUCAGCGAAAAUCCCUACGAUUCGGUCGACCCUGCCCCUCCGUCCGCCCCUGCGACUGCUGCCGAACUCCGUGGCCGCCUGUUGGACACUGAGCUCACCCUCUUUGAGCGCUAUCGCGCUCUGUUCGCGCUUCGCAACAAGGGAGAUCCCGAGUCUGUUUUGGCUAUUGUGGAUGGUUUUGAUGACAAGAGUGCCCUCUUCCGUCACGAAAUUGCGUACGUUCUUGGUCAAAUGCAGCACCCAGUGUCGGUGCCCGGGCUGAUCAAGGUGCUCGAGCGUGGCGAAAGCGAGUCCUCGAUGGUUCGUCAUGAGUGCGCCGAAGCUCUUGGCUCUAUUGCUACAGAUGAGUGCCUGCCCGUCCUGGAGCGCUACAAGCAAGACAACCAACGUGUUGUCAAGGAGAGCUGCGUCGUGGCAUUGGACAUGCACGCCUUUGAGAAUAGCGGAGAGUUUUUGACGCUUGAACAAGGAGUAGAGAAGAUUGUUCGUGAGGUCAAGGCCAAGCAAGAGUCUGCGUCUGCGUAACACAAAUUUCUUUCGACGAUUCUUGCUGUGGUAGAAAUCUAAUACAGUGGCUUGCAUUCGU